AUGAGGACCUUGUCGAGGGUGUCCCUGAUGAUGGUGUCCACCUCUCUCUUCCUCGUCAGAGUCGGCAAGAGGAUGUUGCUCAUAUCACCGCCGCGGCCGCCGCCGCCGCCGCCGCCGCCGCCACCACCGCCACCGCCACCGCCACCGCCGCUGGUCGCCAGAGUCCCCCUCCCGACGCUGUAG